CGAGAGCGUCGGCCAUUUUGUGGCUGUUUCCUGUGGGACGCGGUGGUGGCGGUUGGAUCGGAGGAGUGAGCGAAUUUCGACUCGUUUUUUCUGCUUGUUUUAUCCUCCUUUUUUUUUUUUUUUCGGUAGAGGGCAGUUAUGGGACGCAAGAAGAAGAAGCAGCUGAAGCCGUGGUGCUGGUAUUGUAAUAGAGAUUUUGAUGAUGAGAAGAUCCUUAUACAGCACCAAAAAGCAAAGCAUUUUAAAUGCCAUAUAUGUCAUAAGAAAUUGUAUACAGGACCUGGCUUAGCUAUUCAUUGCAUGCAGGUGCAUAAAGAGACAAUAGAUGCUGUGCCAAAUGCAAUACCUGGGAGAACAGACAUAGAACUGGAAAUAUAUGGUAUGGAAGGUAUUCCAGAAAAAGACAUGGAUGAACGAAGAAGACUUCUUGAGCAAAAAACACAAGAGAGUCAAAAAAAGAAACAGCAAGAUGAUUCUGAUGAAUAUGAUGAUGAUGACUCUGCAGCUUCAACUUCAUUUCAACCACAGCCAGUUCAACCUCAGCAAGGUUAUAUCCCCCCAAUGGCACAACCAGGACUACCACCAGUUCCGGGAGCACCAGGAAUGCCUCCAGGCAUACCUCCAUUAAUGCCAGGUGUUCCUCCUCUGAUGCCAGGAAUGCCACCAGUUAUGCCAGGCAUGCCACCUGGAUUGCAUCAUCAGAGAAAAUACACCCAGUCAUUUUGCGGUGAAAACAUAAUGAUGCCAAUGGGUGGAAUGAUGCCACCUGGACCAGGAAUACCACCACUGAUGCCUGGUAUGCCACCAGGUAUGCCACCUCCUGUUCCACGUCCUGGAAUUCCUCCAAUGACUCAAGCUCAGGCUGUUUCAGCACCAGGUAUUCUUAACAGACCACCUGCACCAACAGCAACAGUUCCUGCUCCGCAGCCUCCAGUUACUAAGCCUCUUUUCCCCAGUGCAGGACAGAUGGGGACACCUGUAACAAGCUCAAGUACAGCUUCAUCCAAUUCAGAAAGUCUGUCUGCAUCUUCUAAAGCUCUGUUUCCUAGCACAGCACAAGCUCAGGCAGCUGUCCAAGGACCUGUUGGUACAGAUUUCAAGCCCUUAAAUAGUACCCCUGCAACAACUACAGAACCCCCAAAGCCUACAUUCCCUGCAUAUACACAGUCUACAGCUUCAACCACUAGUACAACAAAUAGCACUGCAGCUAAACCAGCAGCUUCAAUAACAAGUAAGCCUGCUACACUUACGACAACCAGUGCAACCAGUAAGUUGAUCCAUCCAGAUGAGGAUAUAUCGCUGGAAGAGAGAAGGGCACAGUUACCUAAAUAUCAACGUAAUCUUCCUCGACCAGGACAGGCUCCCAUUGGUAAUCCACCCGUUGGACCAAUUGGAGGUAUGAUGCCACCACAGCCAGGCAUCCCACAGCAGCAAGGAAUGAGACCCCCAAUGCCGCCUCAUGGUCAGUAUGGUGGUCAUCAUCAAGGCAUGCCAGGUUACCUUCCUGGUGCAAUGCCUCCGUAUGGGCAGGGACCGCCAAUGGUGCCCCCUUACCAAGGUGGGCCUCCUCGACCUCCGAUGGGAAUGAGACCUCCCGUAAUGUCGCAAGGUGGCCGUUACUGAUCUUACUUCAUCCAGUCUAAUAGGUUUGGAGAUUAAACCUUUUCUCAACUUGUGCUGUUUAUAUAGCCAAGCUUCCGUCAAUAAGGCUUCAUUGUGACUUUAACACAUAUUAUCUUCCCACAUACCAGGAACUAUUGGACAUUUAUUUUACAUGGGAAAAAUUAUUUGGAAUAAUAAAGCAGGAACUUUUCCUGAAGUUGCAAUUUAUACUGUAUGGCUUCUUUUUCAUGUUUCAUCUAGGUUUUUAGAAGUGAAGUAUAGUAAAUUUGGUUCGUUAUAUUGUGAAGGCGCUGGAAUUACAUGAACAUACCACCUUAAUAAAGCCCUGCCAUAGGACAGGCUGAGGCUGAGUCUCAGUGUUGCCCUGUUCAGUCUGAGGCAAGUGGGAUUUAUUUUAUUCCUUAUAGGGGCUUUCACAGCUUUAUGGCUGUUGGAUAUUUAUGUCCCCAAACUUGCAGCAAGUUUGGUGAAGGCCCCUAAAUUUAAUUAAACUUAGGAUUUUUAUGAUCUUUUGGCAGAGAAGGCUCUAUAUUAAUAUUCACGUUUGACUGUGGUGUUAAUAAAAAGUAUUUGAUAAAUGUAAUUUUAUGUAAUUAUCUUGUGUUACAUAAUACUUAACAGCCUCAGUAAGCUGGUAUUGUUGAACUUAAGUAAAUUGACAAAAUUUGAUAAUCUUGAUUUGGAGGCAUGAAAUGGUUUUCAAAUUAUCCCUUUUACUUUUAGGAAAAAUCUUACUGGUUAUUUUCUCCUUAAAUUUAACCUCAAGGAUAAGUUUAACAUUGGAAAUGCCACUGGAUACUGAAAUCUGCAUUUUUAAUCCCAAAGUUACGCAUUGAACAUUACGGUUUUGAAAUGUCAUCUGGAAAUGCUUGUGAUUUUUAAUAUUUUCAAACUUCACCACAUUAGAGCAAAUGUUAAUGUAGAGCCCUGUGAAGAGUGGGAAGAUGGUGUGUGUCUGGUAUAUAUGCAUAUACACUACACAUUGGAUAUAAUAAAAAAGAGUUUGGGUAUUACAGACCUACCAGAAUGGAUGGAUUACUAAUUUUCAGGCAGCCAAACUGAAAUUGUAUCACAUGGUAAAGUUAGUAUAUUGAACAAUGGUUUUGGGAUGAGUAUUCUAAGUUUUAUUUUAUCCUUACUGAGCAAUAUUUGAUGUAGUAUGCACACAUGAAAAGAAUUUAUGUUUGUUCCCAACUAAAAAUUGCUUAUUUUGUUUUUUAUGUAUAUAUGUUGUUGGAGGCAGGUAAAGAGGGAACUGGAAGAGAGGCCAAAACAAACUUGGAUUACUUUUUGUUCCUUCCUGUGUUAAAGCCAUCAUUCUAUUCAGAUAGCAUUUUCCUCUGAACAGUAAUGGUUAACAUAUAGUAAAAUGUUUAGCAAAUCCAGGCUUGUGUUUCUAUGCAGUUUUAAUUCUUGGAAGCAUAAAGAAAAAAUAUGCAUUAAAUGAAUUCCAAAUUUUCACCUGUGUAAUUAGAACAUGUUUUCUCUGUUACUGAAUCAUGGAAAAAAGAUCUUAAUGUUUUUAAGAAUUAUAUCACAAAAAAAAUACCAUUGGAAUAGUUUAUAACUUGCACCUUUUAAGUCUCUUAGUUGGAGGUGUUUUCUUUUGCAUCCACUAUCCCCUCAUAUUCUGAAAUAUUCAAAAGUGAAGUUGAUUGUCCUAAUUCUAAAGUGAUUGUUGAAAUAAUUAUAAUUGAAAUACACAAUUACACACUUGAUUACUGGGUUGGGAGGGAUUUUCAAAGGGUGACAAUUUGUUGAAGGUGAUAUAGAUAUCUUAAAGAUGUAGCUUUGAUCACUGUAGGUAGUUCUGUGACUCAGACUAAUAAUUUUGAGAAUUCCUUAAUUUUCAGGUGUCUGUUAGGUCCACUGGUAUAACUUAGUAAACUGCUGAAGGGAAAUGUUGAAGCCACUUCUUUACUGAGAUAAAAUUUUGAGUAAAAACUGACACUUGUUUUGGUAGGGGAUUUUGAAAAAAAAAGUAAACAUGUACCCUAAAAUUUUGUGUGAAUCAGAUAUGUCUUUUUUAAAAGGUGGUAUUUAUCUACCUAAUAUUGCAUAACCUUUGUAUGUUAUUCCAAAAUGAAACUGAUUCUUACUGUAACUUGGAAGUCUUCUAAAAGAAGGAGUUCAUUAUAAAUAAGACUUGACUAUUAAGACAGAUUUUUGUAAGUAAUCAUUCUUCCAAUUAUAUUUCUGCUUGUUCUCAUUUGAAUAUUAGUGUAGGUACUCCUAUUAGCCUUCUUAGUAUUUUGUUUUGUGUAAUCUGAAUCACUAUAAUAAAUAACCUUUUUUUAUAGCAUAGGAAUCAUUUAACUUUUCUGUGUGGUAUUUCUUGGCAAAAUAAAGUUACUUUAAUGAUGUAUAGUAUGCACAUAGUGGAUAUCCACAAUUUUGUAAUUAAUGUUGAAUUUUCAGAACUAUACUUUUUAGUAUCUUGGUUCUUUAGACAUCCCCUAUCAUGAAUCUAAUUCAAACUAGUCCACAGCAAAUGGGGAAAGCAGGACCUCAGCUUGAGCUCCCUAAUUCUCUAAAUAUCUUCAGCAAUUCCGAAUUCUUUCAUGUUCUUGGCAUUUUUGUUGAAAAGUAAGUUUGAAAGAAGCUUUUUUUUUUUUUUUUUUAAACUAGACUUCUUCAUUAAGGACUCAGAGAAUUGCUUUUUAUAAGCAUUGUUUUUUCUGCUCUGGGCUUCAUACAUUUUUGCAUAAUUGGCUAUGAAAGGAGGAGCCUUUCAGUUUCUUCCCAGCUCUGGAAAAAUAAUAGCUUGAUACCAGUUUGAAAUUUCUGAGUGACCUCUCUUUUAAUCUGUUCAGUUAAUCUCAUGCAUUCUAUAAUCAGGAUGUAGAAAUCAUACUAAAGCAGAAAUGGAAGACCCAAAGGAGAUCUUCACUGAAGCUAAUUCGAAUUAUUUCUAUUUGAAGCAAAUUGAACAAUAUUACAAAUGAUGACGGGUUUAUGGUUAAGUUCUUUAGGAGGCAUAUGAUCACCUGCUAUAUUAGGAGAAUAUGUUUGUGAAUAUGUUGUAAUUUUGUCAGAUUAACUAUAGAGAAGAUGCAUGUGAGUAAACUUUAUUAAAAAUGAUUGCUUGGACCCCAGCCAUUAAUUCCAAAUGCUGUAAUGAUGUGAGGUUGUAAUACGACACAGCUUCAGUAAUGUGCUGUGUUUCUCCCAGGGGUUUGUGUAAUGCUUUGUUUAUAAACCAGGGGUUGAGGGGGGAGUCCUUUUUUCUAAUUCUCUAGGCCCUUUAGCUUUCUUGUGUCUCGUUUUUGUUUUGUUUUUGAACCAUUAAUACAGUUAAAGGUCAUAUGCCUUCACAUUUGGUUAAAUACAGGGAACUGGCAGUGAAAUUUAUUGAUGCCCAAUGUGGAUAAAAUGAAUGUUGUUUUCCCAGCUUACUGUAUACAGACUAGUAGUGAUUAUUUAGGAGAAAAGACAUUCAUUGGCCAUUGUAUUGUUAGACCUUAGAUGUAAUGAAAGGUAGCAACAUUCUGCCCUUGGUUUGCCUGUGUUAAGGCUUCACCAAAUCAUUUGUUAUAAUGUAGUUUAUUCUUAGCAUUUUAUUCAUAAGUAGUUCCACAGUCAUUCAGAGAUGAAACUAAACAAAAUUUGCCACAUCAUUUUCUAGUCUCUACUAAUAGAACAAGGCUGCUUAACUAUCCAAGUAGACCAAGGAAAUAAAGUUUCUGUAAGUUUGAGUUAGAAAAAUACGGGAUAUACACUUACUGAGCAAAGCCUCCCUUUUAGCUGUUAGCUUGUUAGUGUACUUCUGGAGGAGCAAUAGAAUUUACUUUUCAGCCCAUGUUUUUUAAAAUUGAAAAUCUUGAAAUGAAGUCAGGUAUUUUGGAAAUUGAAUUUAAAGUAUAAAAAACUGCGUAUCUCUGUGGGAUAUGGCUACAUACACUUAAAUUAGAAAUUUUUGUGCAGAGAUUUUUUUUUCCUAGUUAUAUGUACCCCCCUUUUAGAGUAACCCAAAUUUUUGUAAUGCACAUGUUGGAAUACAUAGUUUAUUAAAAUUGAGAUGUGUCCAAGAGAUACACAGUGUCUUUAACUCAUUCUCUAAGGUCACUCUAAAUUUAAUAGCCAAUGUAAGGUAAUUUUUAUAAGAUUUAGGGAAAAUUUUUUAAAAUGUAUUAAUAUCAGGCUCUGAGGAAAUUAAUGCACAUUGACUUUUUAAACUAUGAAUUGAACUCCUCAGUUUAAUACAAUUUGUGUUUUUGUUAACUAGCAGCAGAAUUUCAGCAUUUGCUACUUACUGGUAGAGAAGAAAAAUCCCACAGCCCUGCCAGUACAGGUUAGUUUAAUCUGUAAGUACCUGAUAUUCCUAUUUUUUUCAAACAUAUACAUAUAACCCACACAAGGAAGAAAGCUGUGCAGUUACUUAAAUGUGAGUACAACUAAUAGUAGAACCAUUGGACACUUUCAAACACUCAAUACUUGGGCCGAAGUAGGUAUAGGUUUGCUCACCUCAGUUGUAAUAAAGGUGUAAUACUACCCCUUUAUUAAGUGGUUAUGGUUGAACCUAAAUAGAUACAUUGACUAUAGAAGGAAAAGGCAGUGAAAGUUUCAAUUGGCUAUAUAUAUGCUUAUAUUGGUAUGAUAUGGAGUGCAGGGUUUGGGUCCAGGGUCUUCUACUUAAGCCACUCCUGUGGUGGUACUCAUAUUUACCUUUAAAUUUUUUACAGUUUAAAUCAACCUAAGACAAAAGUCAAGUUUCCUCCCCUCUAGCAGUCAUGAAUGGUGUGCAAUCAUAAGCUAUAAAAUGUGUUUAUAUUGCUUUUUUGUUCUUAAAUGUAUUUUAUUUACUCUUGCUGUAAAUAAAUACUAACUUUGUUCAUCUUUUUUGUAAACUAUAUAAACUAUUCUGUUGGUGCACCACCACUGUGGGUUCAUUUUACUUUGAACUAAGAAAAACCUUACUUUUUAGUACUCAAAUGAAAGCUUGACUACCCAUCAAGAAAUCUAGACAGAUUCUUCGUGUAUUUCUUUUGAGGGGCAGUGAGACCGUAACAGGUUAUGAAAGUUAUGUUAAGACUUUUUAUUGUUGUUUUUGUUGGUUCUACCGAAGUUAUUAUCUUGAACCAUCCUUGAGAAAUUUAUUUUAACCUUUAAAUACUGUGCACUUAAUGUUGAUAAAUUUUAAAUACUGAGGAGAAGAAAGUGUAUAAUUUAGCGUAUAGAAGCCUGAACCAUCCUUCUAAUCUGUAGCAUUAACCAGGACGUGUGGCUUCAUCCUUUUCACCUUAAGUGUAACAGUGUCUCAUUUGAGAUCUGUCUGUAAAACUAGCUGAUCAUCUACUCCUGUUAAACUGAGAGUGGUGAUUGGCCACUGGAAACAUCAUCUUAAUGUUAUUUUAUAUGGAAGUCAUGCGUUCAGUUUUUAAAACUCAAUUAUCAUCAGCUGAUAAUAAAAUAUAUUUUAUAAGAUACCCAUUUGUCUUUAUAUAUAAAAUUGCCUAAGGGCUCAAGUUUCAUUGCCUUUCACAGUUUAAUCUGUAUAAGAAAUGUCGUAGAUGCAGUGGAAAUGGUUUUCCUUAAAACCAUCUCUUAAAAGCUGCUUUACUGGUGAGUACUGUUUUAUACUUUUAUGUAUCUUUAUUUUUCUUUUUAAAUUUAACAAGUUGGACACUUUGAUCGAAGUGUCUGAAUUUCUAUACUCUUCAGCUAUUACCUGAAUCAAGAAUAUUAAGGUGAUUAUUUUACUUCCUGACAUUUCCCUCAUCUGAGCUCACUUUUUUCUUGACCUUCAUUUAGUAGAUUAUAACAACAAUAACUUUAACAUAUAGAUUGUUCCCUUUUGUUGAGAUAGGAAAAAUAUUUUUACUCAAAACUAUCUAGCAUUUACAAAAAUUUUUUUAACAUACGAUUUUUUUGUUUACAGCCAAAAGUUGUUUUUGUUUUUUUCCCUCAAUGCUUUUGGUUUCCAUGUUGCAUAGGUAUAAAAUUUUAAAGACCAGAAUUUCUGUUUGUCCUUGUUGAAGCUGCUGUUGAACAGUUAAGCUGAGAGUACGGUUGAAAGAAGGUUUGUUUGCCUAAGAUGGUCAUGCAGACUAACUGCUUACAAGAGUCUCUCUCUUGGGUGAGGUUUGAAAAUUUCAAGUGUAUUUUUAAGUCACUCUAACCUUGCAUGAAGAACUUAGAUUGGAAAUACUGAUUUCUGGGACUGUGUGUAUCAGUGAAAGCCUCUGAGUAUAUUUCUAAUUACUUUAUCCCCUGUUUAAUCCCUUCCUUCAUUGUAACCGUGGAUUUUUUUCCUUCUACCUUUUAGCCACAUCCUAGCUAAUGUCAAUAUAUGCUAAGGAUGUUUUCUCAUUGUAUUUCCUGCCUUUGUAAGCCAGUGAUGAAGAGUCAAUUCAUACUUUUUAGUAUGAACAAUAAUAGUCUUUUAAAAUUGAAAAUUGGUAUGAGUAUGUGAUAAUGGUGAUAUAUUCUUCUAGAUAAGCACUAAACAAAGUACAGAUCGUCAAUUUAUGUCUUUAAGAUUUAAAGUGAAGUAAGUUUCUAAGGAACUCUGUCCUUUCCUAGCAAGGAUAAGCAGACAUUGAAAAUUUGGUAAGUAUGUAACUUUAAAUGCAUGUAAUAGUGAUGUGAGUUAAGUAGCCAAAUUUCCAUAGUUUAAGAUAAUAUUUAGACAUGAACAAGAAUUCUUGAAUCCCCUUUGUGACUGUGUGUAGCAUUUUUACAAAUUUGUGUGCACACUGAUUAAAUUGAAAUGUAUCUUACUCCUUUGUCUGGGUCAUUUUUUGUUUUGUAUGGUGCUUUAUUAACUUUAUAUUUCAAGCUUUUUUCAGGGUAGAAAUAAGUGAUGGGUAAAGAAAAUAUCUUCAGGAAUUAUUAUUUACAUGUCCCCGUCUUAAAAUCCAGUGAUGCUUUUAAGUUUACUUAAGCCUUUUGUUUUUCAGCUCCAGUUAAAACUGACAGUAGGCAGCUGAUCAAAAAUGGGAAAGAAAUCUUUGUGCUCUUUCUGGAAUAUUGUAGGAGUCAUCGUAUAAUAGCAAAAUGUUAUUAAGCCAAUACUGGAUUUUCAUGGAAGCAGUGCUUUUUAAAUUAAGAGGAAAAGGAAUCUCCCUGUGACACUUACUGUUAAGAAGAAGAUAAUAAAUAGAAGUUAAAGUGAAAACAUUUAAUUACUACAGUAUCUUUCCAAACUGGUAUAUAGCAUUAUUUUGUGAAGUGGUGCAAGAUUGCAAAGGGUUGUAGGAAAGGGGAGAAGCCCCCUGCCCCCAUUCAGUCUCUAGGCUUCACUCCAGCAUUGUCCUGGCAAGGAGGGAAAUGAAGAGCAAGUCAUGCAUGGGAUAUGAUGUUAAGGAGGACCUGAACAAAACAAACGAAAGAGAAUAAAUGCUAGUCCAAGUCUGUGAUUAAAUGGUUUAGCUAAACAAACAAGUGGUGACUAGUAGCAUGAUUUUUAAUGUAAGUAAAUGAACUCACUGAUCUUAAAGGUAGUAACUAAAUACUAGCUUUAAAGUUUUACCAUCUUUAACGUUCUACUAAUUAACACUUGGAUUUUGUUGAUGGGGUAUUUUAAAAUGAAGUUUUCUUAACAAAUAGUACAUUCUGUCACUCUGACAUACCACCUAGAAGCGAGUGCAUAAGAACUGAAAUGAAUGACCACGUUUAUAGUGUUCAACUAUGUUAGAUUUUAUCCUACUGGUAGGGUUUGAGUGAAAGAUGUUUCUAGAUGUUCCUUAGUGUAUGGAGCCAUGCAUUAAUCAGAGCUCACAAAAGGUAUUGAGGUAUUUUUUUCUCUCUCUCAAGGUGGUGUGGGGGUGUUUGCUAGGUUUUAAGAAAGUCAAAACUACCAUCUGAUAAAUGGUACUUUCUUUCCAUGUCCGAAGCAGUUUACAGUUUGUGUUUUCAUCUAAAGGUUGAAGGAUUUUUGCUUCCUUGUUAUUAAAAGCAAGCCUCUUUGCUCCAGGAUAAUGAUUGACCGUUAACAAACAUUUGAGUGCCUGUUAAUUUACAACAAUGAAUAAAAUUUUUCAUUUCUUAUA